AUGCGGUUCAAUAUCGAUGGCAAAGACCAGGAGCAUGAGAAGGGUGGAAACAACCACGUCUAUGAUCCAGACCUGGCCCAUCCUGCAAGCUUCACGGACGCUGAGACAGCUGUUCCUUCCAACGUCAACGAGCGCAAGCUCAUGACCAAAAUCGACAUUCGUGUGAUUCCGGUUCUGUCCGUGCUGUAUCUUAUGGCCUUCUUGGACCGCACCAACAUCGGCAACGCAUCAAUUUUCAAGCUGCGUGAAGACCUCAAGCUCGGAGGACUGGAGUACAAUACAGCUCUUGUAAUUUUUUUCGUGCCAUAUAUUUUGUUUGAGAUCCCCUCGAACAUCAUCUUGAAGCGGCUAAAGCCCCAUGUGUGGCUCUCACUUUGCAUGUUCGGGUUCGGCCUCGUCACAAUCUGCCAGGGUCUGGUCGUCAACUAUGGAGGUCUCCUUGUCACGAGGUUCUUCCUGGGAGUCACCGAAGCUGGCAUGUUCCCCGGAUGCUUUUACCUGAUAUCGAUGUGGUAUACCCGGAAAGAAGCACAAAAGCGUUAUACUUUCUUCUUCGCCUCGACAACGUUGGCUGGAGCCUUUGGCGGCCUACUGGCUUCAGCAAUCGGAAAGAUGGAUGGGCUUCGAGGCUACAACGGCUGGAGAUGGAUCUUUAUCCUGGAGGGCGUACUGACAUGCCUUAUAUCCUUCGCAUGGUUCUUCGCCAUUCCCGACUUUCCGGAGGACGCCAAGUGGCUGAACGAUGACGAGCGUGCGUUCAUCAAACAUCGCCUCGCCCAGGACCAGGGCAAGUCCGCAAUCGAGCGCCGCAUCACGGGUCGAGAUGUGCUCAAUUGCUUCAAGGAUUACAAGAUCUUCCUUGGUGGCUUGAUGUACUUCGGCCUCAUUGUCCCUGCAUAUUCUUAUGCAUACUUCUCGCCAAACAUCAUCCGUAGUUACGGCUACUCCCCCAUCCAGACUCAGCUCUUCUCUGUCCCGCCUUGGGCCGUGGCUUUCGUCUUCAGCAUGCUGGUCGCGACCUGCUCUGACUUUCUGCGGCAUCGAUUCGCAUUCACCAUCUUCCCGAUCAUCAUUUCAAUCACAGGCUUCGCGAUGCUGCUCAACAUCCACCACGACCGCAGCGCGAUGUACGGCGCCCUCUUCCUGAGGGAGAAGACUCAGACCGUUGGGAUGGGUCAGUAUGAAGAGACGGAGCUGGGCGACAUGAGCCCACACUACAGGUACAUGUUGUAG